UAAUGAAAUGUUUGAACGCAACCAUCUAAGAAGUUACACUGCAAAGACUUUCUUCUAAGCCAGUAAUAGUAGACCUACAAUAGUUUUACACAAAAAAUGGAUUGUAAAACUAUAAGACGGAUAUGAUAAGUCAUUGAAGAGACAUUUAAACAGUGUUGGAACAUUAAAAAAUGUCAGACAUUGAGAUUACGGAGCAAACUGGUACACACAAGGCAGAGCAAUUACCAGAAUGUUCAGCUCCAAGAAAAUCAAGUUUACAUUUGCCGGAUGGCUUGUCUGAUGAUAAGGUGUCAUUCUGCCUUGAUAAAAAUAUGCCUGCCAUUGUCAUUGAGGACCAAACCCAUGAGCAUUUGACAACAUCCUUACGGUCACGGAAAAAUACAUUGCAGAAAAGCUCCACAGAAUUUGCUGAGAAUUCAAUUGAAGCAAACAGGAUAUCAAACAAUUAUAAGUUUGGGCUUAAAAAGUGGAAAGGUCAUGUAACAUCUCGUCCACUGGAAGCUCGUUCUGAGAUCAUUCAAGAUUUAUAUUCUGAUAUCAAUAAGUUAAAAGAUGCUAAAGUGUCAACAUUUGGUCCAUUCAACAUUAUCUACACCUUACUUUUUGGAUGGUGGUUAGCCCUAGUGUAUGUAAUCAUUGGAAUCAUUAUGGGAGCAACAGUUAUAGGGCUUUCAUAUGGAAAGUUUUGUUGGCGAAUGGCUGACUAUUUCUUCUGGCCAUUUGGCAAACUUGUAUACCAGGUUCAAACAGUUGAACAACCCAUCUUGACCUUUUAUAAUGCAGCCAGCAGCCACAGUAAUGGUAAAAAGAAUGGCUUGAAGGAGAAGCAAUCUCUUUUGUACAGCUCUGAUAACCACAAGAAGAAGAAGAAAACUUGUUGGGGAUUUUGGGACAGUGCUGCAUCCUAUGUUUGGCUGCUUCUUGGGAUACCAGUUUUAUUCACAGUUCAUUCAGUUGUUUGGCUCAUUAACUGGUUUUUUGUUAUAUCCAUUCCUACAGCCAAGCUUAACAGCAAAGUCAUUACAAAAAUUUUAUAUCUGCCCCCAAAUGAAGUGCAAACUGGAAGCUAUGGUGCCACAAAUGUGGAUGGUACUGGCCAGAUAAGUGAGAUCAUAAUGUACUCUCACCAGAGUGUCAACUUUUAUUACUACAAGUACACAGUUGAUGGCGUCAACAUUAUUUUAGCCAAUUUGCUCAUUUUUGUUAUUCUCUCUAUUAUUCUGGGCUAUGCAGUUGACAAUUCAGUGAUUGGGGCUGUCCCAAAAUGUAUUCUGAGUGUUUUGGCCAUUAUUCCUCUGACAUACUACAUUGGGAUGGCAAUUACCAGUAUCUCAGCCCAAAGCAGUUUUGCAGUUGGAGCCAUUUUAAAUGCCACUUUUGGUUCCAUGGUGGAAGUGAUUUUAUUUAUCAUUAUGUUGAAGAAAGGAAGUGACACUGGCCAGGAAUGUUAUCAAGAGCUUGUUAAAUCAUCUCUGACAGGUGCUAUAUUAUGCAGUAUUUUAUUUAUUCCGGGAAUGUCUAUGGUGACAGGUGGCAUCAAGUAUAGAACUCAAAAGUUUAAUCCCAAGUCUGCCAACAUCAGCUCUUCACUUCUCUUUGUGGCAGUCUUAGGUGUUUUUGCUCCAACCAUUUUCUCCAAAGUGUUUGGCAGCUUGAGAUGUUUAGGCUGUGAACGCAUCUAUGAAGAGUUCACAAUUCAGCCACCAGAAAAGGCAUACAUAACGUCACUGAAUGACUCAGUUGGAUUCCUGUGUCAACAAUGUGAGCAGUCAUUGCUUGGUCUCCAUGGUGAUAGGUCUCUGUACAAUAAACACAUUAGACCUCUGGUGUAUGUAAUCUCAAUCAUUCUGCCUCUGGCUUACUUAAUUGGUCUGCUGUUUACCAUGAAGACUCACUCAGAGUUUGUUUUUGAAGAGUUUGAGCGGGAGCUGAAAGAAGAAAAUGCUCUAAAUGGAGGAGGUCACUCUGAUGCCCAGUGGUCAAGGUUAAAAAGUACGAUUAUCCUCUUGCUUUGUGCUGUGGCCAUUGCACUAUGUGCAGACCUGAUCUCUGAAAAUAUCCAACCUCUUCUAGAACUUUCUGGAAUCUCUGAAUAUUUCAUUGGAGUCACCAUGUUGUCUCUGGUGGCUGAACUUCCAGAGGUUGUCAAUGGAGUUCAGUUUGCUUUACAAAAUAAUGUCAAUCUUGGAAUUGAAAUUGGAUGUUCAACAGCUAUUCAAGUUUGUCUGGUUCAAAUUCCACUUCUUGUUCUAGUCAAUCUAAUUUAUCCGAUGGGAUUUUAUGUUGUCUUCAAUGACAUUCACCUGUGGGCUGUUAUAUUCUCUGUAGUUAUCAUCAAUUACAUUUUUCAAGACGGGAAAAGUGAUUACUUUCAAGGUUUCAUUGUUGUUUUUAUCUACAUCCUCUUGAUGGGUAUGUACUUCUUCAUGUUGACCCCCGAGCAUGCCCUUUGUCGCAGCGAUGUUGCUAGCAACACCAAUACCACGUCAACCCCACUCAACAUGACUAUGCGAUGACUCUUCUGAUGAUAAGUGCAGCACAGUGUUAUGAUGUAAAUAUUGUUGAAUUGUUAUGCUAUUUUAUGGUCAGUAUUGUAUUCAGCGUAUUGUAUUAUCAGAAGUCAUGUAAACAAUUAUUUUUUAAUAGAUAAUAGCUAAAUUAGCUAACUAUAUAUUGCUUUUUAGCUUUUUUUUUUACCAUGCCUAAAGAAAACAUUUUAAUUAUAUAUCCAUAGCUCCUUUACUUUUGAGAUUGAGAGACAACAUUUACACCCUUGACUAAUAGUUGUUGAAGUGUGAUUUUUCUUUCUUCUUCUUUCUUCUGCCUGUGGUUCCAGCUGGCGAAUAGGCCACCAACCAGCUUCCUCCAGGCGUCUCAGUUCUGGGCGAGUCUCCCCAACUGUCCCUUUGUCUAGCCCAUCUGCUUCAAAUCGCAGCAUCAUGCACUCCUGAGCCAUUCCCUCUUCCUCUUUUAUUGAGGGUUCCAGGUGAGGGCUUGCCUUGUAAUGUUGGAUGCAGGUUUACGAAGGGUAGGACCUAGCUAUCUCCAGCGUCUUUGAAGGAUAUCUAUUUCAAUGGGCUGUUGUUUUUUUCUUUGCCACAGUUCCUCAUUUGAGAUCUUGUCUGGCCAGUGUAUCAAAAGAAUCUUCCUGAUGACUGAUGCUUUCAUACAAAUAAUUACUUUUUUUUGUUCUGGAACAGUUUUAUGUAAUUAAUUUAUGUACAUAGCAUUGUUCAUAUUAUGUUAUUCUAAGAACACAUCUGAAAUUCUGAAAUAUGUUUUUAGUAAUGAUUAUGUUUGUAAGUAAUUUUUUUCAUAAAGUUUUUUUGAAAAAUUAAAAGAACAACGAAACUUGCAUAUUAAUAUAAUUAUAAUUUUGAAACUAUUUUGAAUUUGCUGAGGGAUUUCAUAUCCUUCUAUUGAUAUUAUUAUUUGAAGAUUAUGUGUGAUUCUAUCAAUCUGUGGUUUAUAAUCUCAUAUAAAUAGAUAUUCUCAAUUCACAAAUAAUAAUUUCUUUCAAAAUCGCUUGUCUGAUUCAAAGUCCUGCACACCUCUCUCAAACUACUCAUGAAUAUUUUAAAUGCAAAUUGUUGUGGACAAAAAUGUUUUCCAUAACGCAAAAUUAUUUGUUUUUGAAAUGUAUACAAUAAAAUGUUAUUUUCAUCUUAAAGUUACACUUAAAUCUUCUCAUUUCAUGGUUUCAAGAAGCUUUAAAAGUUAAUGCCAGUACUGUGACCUCAAUAGGAUAUAUUUUUCUCUUAAGACUAGCCAAAACCAACUUUGAAAAUGUUAAGGUUACUUUUACAUUAGCAUGUGCCAUGUGUAAGUGUGUAAGUAUGUUAUUGCUUGAAGUAUGCUAAGAAGAGAGACAUACAAGGUCAACAUAUACAACUCUUAUUUUAAAUCUUUUUUGCAAAGAUAUUCAUGUUUGUUGUUAUACUUAUGCAUAAUAUGUUUCUAUUUGUUUAAUAUUUCACAGAACUAUACAAAAACUUUCUGUACAGUAAUUUAAACAAAAAAAUAAUUUCUGAUCUACAAUUUGUUUGUUACUACAACUCAGCCUCCCUUAAGACUAAAUAAUCCUUUUAAUCUAUGCAUGUGUGAACAUUGCAUUUGUAAAAUUGGUAUUCCAACUAGUGUUAUUAUUAUAUUGAAAUUUUUUUUUUUUUGCGUAAAUCAAUCAUUAUAGGAUACAAGCAGUAAAAAAUUUAUUCUGAAAUGCUAUUCUCAAGUUGUUGGCAUUUUCAGUUUCAUUUUUAUAAUGAGGCACCUGGAUAUAAAGUGUAGAGUGUCAAGGCACAUUCCUCUUUCCAUAUGCUAGGACAAAUUAGUACAAAUACUCCUUCUUCCCUAGUGCUAUUAGAGCAUGGAAUGGGUUGCCUGAGCCAGCCAGGAAAACCAGUGACUUGGCAGAAUUUAAGUCAUUGGUUAACAUGCAUGACUAGAUGCAUGAUGCGUAGGACGUAAUCAUCUUCUUUUUUGAAGUAAUGUCUGUAUUUUAUAAGAUAAGAUAAGGUAGCCAAAGCUGUGCUCUCCGUCCAUCGUAUCCCCAGUUUCUGACUUUAUUGUUAAUCUUAUCUAGUCACACCACAUAUCUUGGAACAUGUUAUUACAUGCGCUCUUCAAUAGCAAGUUUUUUAUUCAUUGAUUCUCAAUUUUUGUGUAAUGCUUUUGUAAGAGGUUUUAUUUAUAGGGACCAUUCUACUAUACUUACAUAUUUUUAAAAAAUAUUAUUUUUAUGCAAAUCAAAUUACAAGUUCUUCCUAUUUUAAAUAAAACAUUUUGAUAUUGUUUACAUUUUUAUAUUGUGCAAUUCUAUCAUUUAAUUGUUCAUUUUACAUUCAUGCUCACUGUAAAUUAAAUAUGGUUUGGAAACUGAGAAUAAAGAAUGAUUUUGUAAUUAAUAUUAUUAUAUAUAAUAUAUUAUAUAAUACAUAAUAUUUAAAAAAAAAUAUAUGUUAAACAGUUUUAAUUGUAGCAUUAAUUACCUUGAGCCGGAUACUCUCUAAAAAAUUAAAAAACUAAACUUUAAACUACAUGUUUAAAAAAAAUCAAAACUAAGUUUAAGUUUUGAAAGAUAUUUCAGUCUUAUUUGUUUUAUGUAAUUAUUUACAGAAUGUUGCACAGAUUUAGAUUAACAGAACAUGAGAUGACUGUAACAAAUAUGCAUUUGUACUUAAUUUGAUAUCUAAUCAAUUUUAAAAAGAUAAAAUGAACUGAAAAAUCUUUUGUAACAUUUUGUUUACAUUUAAAUACUUUAAAACAUUUUUUUUUAGUCAUCCAUUGUAUUUCAUCUCUACUAGCAAACAUUAUCAACACAAUUUUGUGUGCAAUUAAUUCUAAGUGAUUUUUUUUGUUUCAUUUCUUUUAAACUGAUAGAAAUUAGUUCUCCAAUUUGUUUUGCAUGACAACAUUGGAAGAGUUUUUGUAAAAUCACUGAUAAAGAUUAUUUAAGAAAUCAGUUUAUUUUCAGACCAAGUAACAUGUAAUAUUUUAUUAUUUAUGUUGCCCUUCAUUUAGUUUAUUAUGAUACUAGGAAACAGUUUGAGAGUUUUUAAACCAGCACCAAGAUAUUAAAUAUAUAUUUUUAUGAAUCAAACUAUUAUUAGGUUUUCUACUGCAAUAUAUAUCACUUUGAAACAUUCAGAAGUUAAUUGUAGUGUUUUUAAGCUGAAUAGUUUAAGCAUUGAAGCUAAUGGUGUGAGCAUAAAGUGUUUGUGUAUUGAAUUGUGAUCCCAUUUUUAUAAUUUUGCUACUUGCAUUAUUUCUUCACAUUUUGAACACAGAAUUGUGUUUCUUUUAUCAGUGGGGCCAAUUAUUUUUCAACAGUUGAGCUAAGCCAUUGUAUCAGGUAAAGAUUUUAAUAAGUGACAUCUAUGUUUUAAAUUAAUUUUAUAUUUUAAAAAAAGAAAUUAAAAAUACUUUCAUCAAAAUAUGCAUCAAGGUAUAAUUUUUUACAAAACAAAAAAAGAAGUCGUUCCAGUAGAAAAAAAUCUGUUUCUUUGGUGGAGAUUUAUGAAGUCAUUUCCUCAUACCUUUGGUCAAAGUGUCAUCUGGUCAUAAAUCGGGUUGUAUGAUUGAGUUUUUUCUUACUGUGUGACAUUUCAAUCCUACAAUGUUUGGUGUCAGUAGUUAUUGCUCUUGAAUUCUAUCAGACUAAUCAUACAUUGUUGGUAUUUAAAAAACAAUUUCUAUAUUAUAUAAGCCCUAUGUAUACUUAUGUAUAUUAUAUAAGCACUAUGUAUACUUAUGUAUAUUAUAUGGGCUACAUGUAUACAUCUUCUAAAAUCUGUUAAAAUAACCAAGAUGGACUAGGUAUACAUGUAUUAUUUACUCAGCUAUAUUCAAUACUAAAUAAAAAGAAAUCAGUUAUUCUUCUUA